AUGGGGAGCACAGACAGAUGGUCUGGCACAGAAGCACGCCGGGAGCCUGCUAAAGCACACUUUCUGAAAGGCGUCCUGAUUGCCUGGUGGCAGAGUCCUUUCCCGACGAGAAGGAACGUGAUGCCCAAGACGCUGGAGGGCCAGAUCACCAUGGAGAAGACCCCCAGCUACUUCGUGACCAACGAGGCCCCCAGGCGCAUUCACUCCAUGGCCAAGGACACGAAGCUGAUCGUGGUGGUGAGGAACCCGGUCACCCGGGCCAUCUCGGACUACACGCAGACGCUCUCCAAGAAGCCGGAGAUCCCCACCUUCGAGGUGCUGGCCUUCAAGAACCGGACCCUGGGGCUGAUCGACGCCUCCUGGAGCGCCAUCCGCAUCGGGAUAUACGCCCUGCACUUGGAGAACUGGCUCCAGUACUUCCCCCUCUCCCAGAUCCUUUUUGUCAGUGGUGAGAGGCUCAUCACUGAUCCAGCCGGGGAGAUGGCCAAGGUCCAGGACUUCUUAGGCCUCAAGAGGAUUGUGACAGAGAAACAUUUUUAUUUUAAUAAAACCAAGGGGUUCCCCUGUCUAAAGAAGCCAGAGGACAGCAGCGCUCCCCGGUGCUUGGGCAAGUCCAAGGGUCGAACUCACCCCAAAAUAGACCCAGAUGUCAUCCACAGACUGCGGAAGUUUUACAAACCCUUCAAUGUCAUGUUUUACCAAAUGACAGGCCAAGAUUUCCAGUGGGAGCAGGAAGAAAGUGAUAAGUAGAACCACAAAAUUGGGAAAAAGUUGUUUUCUUUUGAGAUGCAAAUCUUCAUUAGAGACCCAAACUUGCUCGGGGCUGGAGGCUCAGCCUUGUGAGCGCAAGACUCUUGCGCUGUCAGGGAUGCAGCCAAAGCCGCCCCGCGUUUCCAGCUCUGAAACCUUAGUGGCAUGUCACCUCGCGUUGCACUUGGGCUCUUCCCACCAUGACUCUGAGGGGUCAGGGGCGGGUGGGAGGAGGAGGAGGAGGAGGCAGAGGGCGCGGGGCUCCUCAGGGCGAUGGGAUGCUUUGUGUUGACACUUUGCUGCUGGUGUCCCCCACACAACCCCGCAGGCAGGGCCAGCACCUCCCGCCGCAGCCAGCUGGGCGCAGGGUGGCUCACAAAACCCAGCAGCACUGGGCCAAACCCAUAGGUGUGAUUUCUCCUGCCCUGGCUUUUAGUUCUGCCCAAACAGCAGCAUCAGAUCUGGUAAAUUCGGGACGUGCAUUCAGAUGCACACUGGUAUUUGUGUGUGGAAGGAAUAAAGCCAGUUAUGCUGCAAAGAAACUAUGUACAGAAACUUCAUUUGCACCAGAUGUUUUAAUUACCUGUUGCACUAAAACUAGUAUUUACCAAGUGCCACAAAACACCUGGUCCCGAUUCUCCUCCGACUGGUGGGUGUGUCAUCUCCACUGGAAGAGAGUCGUUCCUGCUUUGCUGGGAUGCUCAGUGAGAUGGGAACCGGGGCCUCCCGCGGGCCCCCCGGCUCCUCCUGGAAGCCGUGCCGCUGAGGCGAGGUGCGGAGCCCCCACGGCAGCUCCCGCCGAGGCCGUGCUGUGCCCUGCGCUUUGGAGGGAACCGAGGGAGUGACUGCAGGGCUGGGGGGGACAGCCCCAGCGGAGGGUCUGGGCAGCGCUGAGCCUUGGGGUCCCUGGCACUGCCCUUCAUUUACACCUUGAGAACAAAAUCUCUGCUGCGUGGGGUGGACAGCCGGGUUUGCAAAAUGGGGAGCAGCCUUCAUCUUUACUUCAGAAUUACAAAAAAGCGAUUAAUUCCCAGUGUGAGCACUGCUCUGCGCAAAAAAUGUGUGCUUUCUAGUGGAAAUGACCACAUCGACCACAGCUGUAAAUCCUGGCAGAAACUGUAGAAUAAACCCACAUCCCACCUGGAACCUCCAGCAGUGUGAUGAGAGCUGCGUGCUGGAAGCAGCGGAGCCGCCCAGCAGCGCUUCGGCACAGCUGCCCUGCUUCCACCUCCAUUACUGAGAGGAAAACAGUAAGCGAGGGAACAAAAGGAAAAAUGCAGAGCUACUGUUGCUAAAAUGCUCCCUCCGCAUGGGUGGUUUCUCAGGGCACUCGGAGCUGCCUGGCCGUGUUCUUUGUUCUAACCAGUGGUCAGGAUGUGUCCCGGUGGAGCGUAGCUGGUGCGAGUGCCCCAUCCCUGUCCGGGGGCAGGUCCCUGCCUGUCGGAAGGCGGCAGAGAUGGAGUGUGAGAUGUCUGUGGGAGGACCAGGACUCAGUUUCGAUUAAGGUGGCAAGAAAUCCCUACUGAUCCAGCUAACCAAAUGAAAUCACUGUUACGUCGGGUAACAAGCUGAACCUGCUUUGGGUUUCAUGGCCUGUCGUGUGGUUCAUUACGCCAUGAAGUGGUGCUGGUGCCUUGGAUUGGAUGAAAAAAGAGCUGAAGCCAUUUAGAAAAUUUACACCGUGGGCCGUGCUGGAGGGGCACUGCAAGGUCUCUGCUAACGUCAUGUCAGUUCCUAUUAGCCUGAUUAGAUUUAAAAACAGCUCUCGACACAACACAGAUUUUCACAGACCCACAAAUCCCCAAAUUAUUACAUGAAAACUGGAAGUAUGUAAUAGGAAUAAUUUUACAGCGUUUCACACGUUAUUAAAAUCUCAGAUCAGCUCCUAAGUGAAAACUGUUGUUACACAGUUUGGUGCAAGCUGCUUGAUGGAUUCGGUUGGAGGACGAGGGGCUCAUUGAGGCCCAGUGUCUGGGCUCCUCAGUGGAGGGGUACCCCGAAAUUUUUGCCCAUUCCCGGUGUGCUGCGGCCCUGACGGAGCUGCAGAAGCAGGACGGUGGCCCUGGGCGCCUGCGGAGGGUCUUGGUGCCAGGGGGACGCCAGCCCUGCUCGCGGCCCGGCCAGGAGCCGCCGGGCUGGCUGUGGCUGCCAGUGUGACCCUGGCCAUCGCCUCCAUCGCCAGAGCUUGGAUUCUCUCCGUCUUCACCCACAGCUUAACCAGGAGCAGCUGAGCGUGAACGAGCGCCUGAGACCCCCGUCCCCUCCCAGAGGGUCUCCCUGC